UGAAAUUUAUUGUUAACUAGGGGACAAUCUAGUAAUAGCAGAGUGGAGUGUAAUCAGUUGGGAGAGAAAGAACGGGAUCUGGUCUGUCAUUAGAUUGUUCGGCUAAAAAAAGAAAGAAAGAAAAAGAAAAAAAGAAAAAAGAAGAGGGGAUGGAUGUGGUGACCUUCGGUAUCAUAAUCGGAAUAAUAGUGCUUUUCUUUUUAAUCGUUUGCGUUAUCACCAUUGAAGGCGUCUGCAAGAACCGUUCUUAGUAGUUAAAGUCUACUGUUUCUCUUUCACCCAAACAGCUCCUUAAGACUUUAACGAGCGGUUGGGCUUGUGUCUGGACAUGGAGUUGCGUAAGAGACGUAUGUUGUCUGUUGUUGCUGCUUUGGUUCUUGGGCUGUGUUUGGAUCUGAGCUUGGUUUGUGCAUCUGGGGAGGCUCAUGUUCACACCCACCACUGUAAUCAUGGCCAUGAUGACCAUGACCAUCAUGGCCAUGGUCACCAAGGCCAGAGCUUGGUGGGGUCGAAGCUUCUUCCGGAGGAAUUGGCGGAGGAGGAGGAUAUGAAGUUGUAUGGAUUUGGGUUUCAACAUGACCAUGAGCAUUUUGGUGCUUUGCAGCUCUCGGUGACUGGUCUUUGGAUUCAUUCAUUGGGAUGCUCGUUUUUGGUCAGCAUGGCUUCCCUCAUUUGCCUGAUUAUCUUGCCAGUAAUAUUCGUGCAGGGGAAACCAUCCAAGGCAGUUGUUGAUUCGUUGGCUUUAUUUGGGGCUGGAGCUAUGUUAGGGGAUGCUUUCCUUCAUCAAUUACCACAUGCUUUUGGUGGAGGGCACUCACAUGACGACCAUGUAGGCCAUGAUCAUCACGAUCAUAGUGAACAUGAGCAUUCACAUGCACAUUCUUUGGAAGAUCUUUCUGUAGGAAUUGCUGUCCUGGCGGGAAUUGUAUUGUUUCUUCUGGUAGAAAAGAUGGUGAGGUAUGUUGAGGAACACUCUGGAGGAACUAAUGCAUUGGGUCAUGGUCAUCAUCACCACCAUCACAGCAAGAAAUUGAUGGAUGACAACGAUUCUCAUGAUGACUUGACAUCAGAAUCUUCCACUGGAAAAGAUGGACGGAAGCCAAAUGUGUCAUCUGAAGGAAAAGUGGAAAGUGAAGUUUUAAAUGAUUCUUUGAAGGAAAAUUCUCAUCUUGAUUCUCAAUUGCGUAAGAGAAACACUGCCACAGGUGAUAGGGAUAAUAAACAAGAUGUUCAUGCUGCAGAAGACUCGAGUCAUGAUACUAAAUCGUUAGAUGUAGAACCUACACGAUCACCCAACAAUCUUGUGUUUGGUUAUCUCAAUCUCUUCUCUGACGGUGUUCACAAUUUCACAGAUGGGAUGGCUUUAGGAAGUGCUUUCCUGCUUCAUGGUACUGUUGGUGGGUGGUCUAGAACUCUAUUCUUGCUUGCGCAUGAGAUUCCUCAAGAGGUUGGUGAUUUUGGUAUUCUGGUGAGGUCUGGUUUCAGUGUAUCUAAAGCUCUCUUUUUCAAUUUCCUCUCAGCACUUGUGGCCCUCGUUGGAACUGCAAUGGCUCUGCUUGUUGGACAAGAUCCGGGACAGUCAUCUUUGAUGGAGGGUUUUACAGCUGGUGGAUUUAUAUACAUUGCGGUUGCUGGAGUGCUUGCAGAAAUGAAUAACAAUGGCAAUUCAUCAUUGAAAAGCACAGCGAUGCAAUUAACUUCGUUGAUACUCGGCAUGUCAGUUGCUCUAUGUAUUUCACUUUAUGAAUGAAAGUGCAUUUAGAAAUUGGGACUCAACUAUCGAAAUUGUACUAAUAGGGGAUGAAAUCAAAUUACAAUUCUUCUUCUCCACGUGAAAUGUGUGGGGAAUGUGAAAAUGAGACGAGAGAAGAUAGAGAAAAGAAGAAGGAUUCCAUACACAUUCUGUGGAA